AAACCACGAGCUGUUGGCUCCCUCUAAAAACAGGAAACCGAUUCAAAAAGAACUCUUGCUGACUUAAAUAGUACCUAAACUGACACAAUUGAUCUGAGGUUCUUCCAUCCCAGAUCACUGCUAUUUUGGUUCCUGAAUAAGGCAUCAGUGAGGUACAAAGGACAUGUAAAGAUAUGCACGUCCUCUAAGUCAAUCAAAACGGAUCAGCUACAAUCCUCCGUCGAAAGCCUCCAUUAAGCCAAAACACGUCUGAAUGUGUCAAAACAGAUCGUCGUCCAGUUAACAUGAGAGUCGGAAAUGUGUUUGACUAUAUCGGCUGGCUCCUCACAAUCUCAACAGUAGCAGGCAACGGUUUUGUGAUUGUUCUAGUUAUUGUAAUUCGCCGACUUCACUCCUCUGCCAAUUGGUUCGUUCUUUCCCUAGCAGUGGCCGACUUUUUGGUUGGAUUUGCCAUCUUCCCACCAGCAUACUUUUGUGAUGAAUCAUGCAACCGCAGAUUGGUCUCAGCCUUUUUUUGGUUCUCCCUUAAUUCAUCGGUCUCUAAUCUCUGCAUCUUGACUUGGGAUCGAUUCUUCGCCAUCGUUCGGCCUUUGAAAUACCAUUCCUCUUUAACGAUGAGACACACAAGACUGAUUGUCAUGACAGCAUGGUUAAUUGCCUUUGCAUUAUCACUGUCGAAUUUUGUGGGAUAUUACAUUACAGAUUCCCACACGGCAUUAUUAGUCCUAUUCCUCAUCAGCAUCCCUGUUUUUCAAAUACUGUCCUGCACGUUUCUACUUUACGCGAUCAUUCGCAUCCUCGUUGCGGCGCGCGAGCAAACGCGCCGAGAAGCUGCUUUACAUCUCGAACUCACGUACAGCAACCAAGCCGACCAAUCAGUCGCGGCUACAACAGACGCCGCCCCGCGUCGCAGACACAAAAAGCCAAACUCAGCUCCUUUCAUAAUUGCUUUAGUCUUGCUCUUUUUGGGAUGCUGUGUAACGGCGAAUGGUUUGAUUUUGUGCAUUAGUUUCUCGUGCAAUAUUUCUGAACUAGGAGGACAUGUCCUCACCACUUUGUUGAUUUUGAAUUCUGCGUUCAACCCUUUCGUGUACGCUUGUUUGAAAAAGGACAUAAAGAGGGAAAUUACAAAGCUCAUUCGAAGGCGAAAAUAACUCAGUGAAAGACUUCUCCAUAAUGCUGGUGAUUUGCUAUACCAAAAAAGGUUAUACAGUAUAUAAGUUAUAAAGUACUCCGUAUGUAACGUAAGUAACCGACGAUCUCAACAGUAAUGGAAAAUAGAGGUAUUUUGGUGAGAUACGUGUCCCUUUACUUCAGAACAGCGUCAAAAGUAUUUAAUUGACUCACGUUUUCAUCAUGAAAGUGGAGAGAGUUUCUACUACGAUGAGAUUCGGUCCGUAGAUAAUAGAUUGAACAGAGCGUGGGAUGUUAUAUUUAUUAACCGGUUCGACAAAGAAAAAACUUUUGUUUUUAUGUUAAUGUGCCGUUUGUUUUCCAGUAUCUAUAGGUGGGCGACGAUGAGAAAGUAGACUUUAAUAAGACGAAUUUCAGCCAUAAUCAGACAGUUCUAUGGGCUGCAUGGUUCGAUUCACUCUGUCUGAUUUUUGAAGAGUUAACGAACAGGUGUUAACACUCUAAACAUCGCCAUUAUAACAGUUAUUCACGAAGACAGAAUCUGAGGUUAUUACUAUUUACUCAAUUGACGCGUCAUCUGUCAUUCUAAGACUUAUCUUAUUAGAAUUUGUUAAGAUCUUGUUUAAACAAACCAUCAUCACUAGUGUCGGCUUGUGCCAUCUUGCGUCGCAACGAUAAAACUCUCCUUAACUAAUGGUUCUAGAAGAGCUACAAAUUGCCUCUCUUAAAUAAUUGUCAAGGUCAGGUCAAGGGAAGUCAAGAACACGAGUGGACUAAUUGUAUCCUUUGGCAGAAAAUCUCUCUUUUUUCUCGUGUUUUCUUUCUUUCUUUCU